AUGAAGCAAAGGAGUAUCUUCCUAGUCGUGUCGAUCACCUCCCUCGUCUUCAUCAUCUUCGUAAUCUUCUUUGCUCUGUUCGAUGCCCCGAUCAAGUUCCCGAUUAUGGCUCCGUCUGAUAACAGCUUUAAGCUCACUGAACUGCCGGCUACAACAAGCGGUGCUCCGUUCAGCCUCCUCAUCGGGAUUCUGACGAGGCCGAACAAUUUCGACCGCCGCCAUUUCCUUCGGCUAGUGUACGGCAUCCAGUCGUCUCCUGUAGCCGAAGUAGAAGUCAAGUUUGUGUUUUGCAGCGUGACCAAUCCCGAGCAGAAGAUUUUCUUGGCGCUCGAAAUCCUGAGAUUCAACGAUAUAAUCAUCCUUAAUUGCACUGAGAACAUGAACUACGGUAAGACCUACACGUACUUCUCCUCGCUCCCCGACAUCCUUCCAAGGCGCUUUGACUACGUCAUGAAAGCUGACGACGACGUCUACAUCCGGCUGCCGCAGUUGGUGUCCUCGCUUCAGCCGCAGCCAAGACAGGAUUUGUACUACGGAUUCGCGCUUCCCUGCACGAGCAUGAAUCCGCACGAGGGGUACAUGUCCGGGAUGGGGUUUGUAUUAUCCUGGGAUCUCGUUGAUUGGAUUGCUAAAUCGGAAAUCCCUAAGAAUGAUAUUUUUGGACCGGAGGACAAGUUGGUCGGAAGGUGGCUGAACGCGGGGAACAAGGCAAGGAACAGGUUCACAAGCAAACCAGCAAUGUAUGACUAUCCAGGAACCAACGGAAGGUGCUCUCAUGAGCUGGUGCCAUACACAGUGGCGGUUCAUAGGCUCAAGAGAUGGGAUCAGUGGUUGCAUGUGCUUGAAUUCUUCAAUGUUACCAAAGACCUAAAUCAGUCAAAACUUUAUAAUUUGUGA